AUGUCGGAUUCUAACGUUUCUGCGGAAAAUGUUCCAAAAUCAAAAAAUGCUGAAAAGAAUGAGGCCAAAAGACAAGCAAAGCUAGCAAAAUUUGCUGCCAAACAAUCCAAUCGUCGCUGA